AUGCCUCUCAGCACUCGUGGGCUCUCUCCCCUCUUCCUGGCCACCAAUGCCCUCAUUUGGAUCUCGUCCGUGAUUGUCAUGGGCAUCGUGUCUUAUUGGUUCUCCACCAAUAUGCACCAGCCCGACUCCAUCAUCUACAUCGAAGUCAUUUCCGUCCUGACCACUGUCUUCUUCCUCGGUGCUUACUUCCUGGGUGCUUUCCUCCACUUCCUCCACCUCUUCAACCUCAUCUUCUCGUACCUCUGGCUCGUCGCUGUCGUCUUCACCGCCACCAUGUUCACCCACAGCCGAAACGCUCUUGCCCAUACCGUCGAGGCCUUUAGCUUCAUCGCCUUCUUCGCUCUCUUCUUCAACGUCCUCUACAGCUGGCACCUCGGCUACCGUGGCGAGCGUGUCCAUGGCACCACCCACCACCGUGGCGCCAGGGUCUAA